AUGGAACUUAUUUUUCGUUUUUGUUUGCCGGCUAAAGUUCAUCCUACGCUGUAUGAUGUUUUACCAUCACCACCCAAUUUGCUCGAUUUUCCGAUUGUUGUCGUUCAGUUGCCGAUGAUGAAUGAAAUCGAAUGUUGUGUGUCUGUCAUUGAGCAUGCGUGCAAUCUCGAUUGGCCAAAAACACGUUUACGCAUUCAAGUACUUGAUGACUCGACUGAAGAACGGGUUAUGGCACUCAUUGAUCAAUGUGUCGAUAAAUGGCGCAAAAAUGAUAUACAAAUUGAUAUCUAUCGUCGUCCUGAUCGGAAAGGAUUCAAAGCGGGUAAUUUGAACAAUGGCAUGUCCUAUCUGCCGAAUUCUGCCUUUGUCGCUAUAUUUGAUGUUGAUUUCUUACCGGCUCCUGACUUUCUCUUACGAACAAUGCCAACAUUCAUUCAAGAUCCAUUCGUGGCUUUCGUUCAGACACGAUGGACAUUCACCAAUCCCAAAGAGUCUCUCUUGACACGCAUGCAAGAGAUCUGGUUUAAUUGGCAUCAUAAAUGUCAACAAGAAGGCAGUUAUCGAGCAUCGCUCUACUUCGGUUUCAAUGGUGCAGGUGGAGUUUGGCGUGUAUCGACCAUCAGGCAAUGUGGUGGUUGGGACACAGAUCUAAUCACUGAAGACAUGGAUCUCUCUCUUAGAGCUCAUCUAAAUGGAUGGCAUUCAGUGUAUAUGAAAGACGUCGAAUCUCUAAACGAAAUAUCGCCGACACUCUAUGGCUAUCUGUCUCAACAAUUCCGACGGACUUGUGGUCCAAUGCAAGUCCUUCGAAAAUUGGGACUACGUAUCAUUCACACAGAGCAUGUAUCCUGGGUUAAAAAGUUGUGGUGCUUCUGUUACUUACUUCGUUGUGCAGCACCUCUUUUCCAAUAUCUUGCGCUUCUUUUCUUACUGCCAAUGACUAUCAUGUUACAAGUGACAAAUGUUCAAUAUUUUUUUUGUCUAUUAUUGACGACGAUCCCCAUAUUAUCUGUUAUGGUAUUUACACCAAAUGAAAUACACAUGUUUAUAUUCUGCAGCUUGUUUUCGAACGCCAUAUCUCUACUUAAGUCUUGUGCAGUGAUUGCUGAAAUAUUUGGCUUAGAGUCUAGCAAAAAGUGGAUUGUAACACCAAAGUACAACUGUGUUAAUAAUAAAUCCACUCAACAGUUGGUAGAAGUACACACAACCAAAGCAACUGAAAGUAUUAUGACUCCUUUGAUAGAGAACAAAAAAUCGACAACGUCACUUGGAUUUUCAUUUUCUUGCAAAACUAUAUUUAUUUUCUUCUCAUCGAUUCGUGAUCAGAUAUGUAAAAUACUCAGAUCGCUUCGAUUCUACAAAUGGUACUAUUUUAUGAGCGUCUACUUACUCUUACUUGGAUGUUUCAUGUCCAUCAACAAGAUGUACGUCGUUGGUGCCUACUGUGUUGCAAAUGCAUUCAUAUUUGGAAUAUUUGCCUUUGGCGCCAUUGGGCGACUCGAAUAAAAACGAUAUACUCACAAAACUUUGUUUUACCAUUUCAUUCACACGAAUGAAUGUGGGUGUGAGUGCGAAUGUCUAGCUCUCCUUAUUGCAAUUUCAUUUUUGAUCAGAUGUUCAUCAGACUGCUUUGGCAUUGUUUUUAUUCAAGAGUGUUUCAAAGACCGCACGCAUAAUGCAUAAAAUGUAUCUGUAUGAAAGGGUUUGCGAACGUAGGUUUCUGAGUGAGUUGCCUGUCACUAUAUUUGAUUGUGCAUGGUUGGUUAAAUGGCUUUUUUAAGAAUAGCGUGACAAAUUUAUACUUCUCUUGCAGAGUGUGUUGAGGGUGUAGGUGUUGGUGUGCGUAUUGUUAAAGAUGUGACUAAGCAAUAAAUCCACAUCUUACAAAACGUUCAUGUAGCUGAAACAAAUUUUGAUUGUCACUAUCAAGUUCGAAGACUUUGACAGAACCAUUUCAAGUAAAGUUCUUUAUAACCAAGAUCCUUCCAAACUGGAUUGGGUGUGAGUAUGGGUGUGGGUGUAAGGUGUGCGUGUGGGUGUGAGUAUGGGUGUGGGGUGUGCAUGUGGGUGUGGGUAUGGGCAUGAGUGAAAGACACCUACACCUCACACCCGACCCACAACCACACCUACACCCACACCCUUCAGAGUAAGAAGAACAUGUAAAUUAAUGUCAUGAGUUUAGAAUCUUGUUCUUAUUAUACUUCUUUUUUGUGUCUCAAUAGCACGUUAAGGCCCCCCCCCCCACUCAAAAAUCGAUCUCGGCCCAGGAACGUUAGAAUGAGCUGAAAUUUGGAGGAUAUGUUGGGGAAAGUUAGAGGAGUCUAUGAUAAAAUUUUCAGCUCAAAACUAUGCAAUUUGUGGCAGAUAUUGACCAAAUAAGGUCGAAAAAUAGGGAAAACGGCAUCCUAAAUUUCUCUUUAAUGAUCCAUCCAAUGUAAAAAAUUUUUUUUCAUUUGAAAGAGCGUGUCAAGAUGCAGGGCAGUACGUCGCCCGUUUUUUGAAUUAGUCCCUUUUUAAUCGGAAAAAAGAGGGCACAAGUUCAAGAACUACAAAAUUUAUCAAAAAUGGGGGUCAAAUUAUAUUAGUGACUUAAUAUUUACUAUAAAAGAAGAGAAUUGCAAAAAAAGGGCGAUGUACUACCCUGCGUCUUGACACGCUCUUUCAAACAAAAAAAAUAUUAAUACAUUGGUUGGACCAUUAAAGAGAAAUUUGGUUUGCACGUUCGAGAAAACGGAAAUCGAGAAAAAACGAAAAAGAUUUUUCGAAGCUUAUUUUUUUGAUAUUUUAUAAUUUUUGGCAAUUUUAAGCAUUUAUCUAAAGAAACUGACUAUCAAUAAUCCAUAUAACGUUGAAUUAUGUAUAAAAAGGACCUUUAUGACGUGGUGAACAUCUUUAAAGAUAUUUUUUAUUCAUAACGAUAGGCACAUGGUCGAAUUGUUCGAAGACGUACUACUUAAACUAACUAUAAAUUAUCUCAAUCGGUUUUCUUCACUGAAAAUAAAACUUAUAAUAAUCAUUUCGCACUACUAGCAACAAUAUACCAGUAUUUAUGACGUUUACAUAGUUGUCAAAUAUAAAGAAAGAAAAGAUAAAAAUAGUAUAAUAAAUGACUAAUGCAUGUUAUAUGUAUGGAUCAUCCUGAAGCACAUCGUUUUCGAUGCCGCUUGUUUAUCUUUCUGUUCUCCAUUGUUGAUUUUUUUUUCGUGUUCUCUGUAUCUUAUUAUCUUUUCAGCAUACAACAACGUGUGUUUUGUUUAUUUUUUUAUAUGUGAUUCUCUUAGUGUAUAUUCAAUAAACAAAUAAAUAAAUAAAUA